GUGUUUUAAACACAGUGCAAAGGAAGAGCCAAGGUGCGAUGCAGAGCCCUGCAUCGGUGGCGUCGCCGUGCAGCAGCAGCUGGGCCCACCUCUCCUCGCCGUCGUCGUCGUCGGACGCGCCAUCAUCGGUCGUCAGCGAGGACAGCUGCGUCGGCGGCCACUGGACCCACGGACCACCAACGAUCGACCCGACCUGCUACAGCCUCGACCCGGUGCACGCGACCUCGGCAUGCUGGAAACUCAUGCGUCACCGCGUAGCCUCCGAAUGCCCGUGCGCGCUAUGACGUGCUUCUAGCGCAGAUGGAGGCCAUGCACGCGCUCCUGGCGGCGGGUGCGUCACGCGACACGCUCGUGCUUGGCGCCCAUGCGAUAUUAUCGAGCACGACUGCGCUGCACAGAGCCGCGGCGCGCUUGCGACAAGGCGCCCCGUAGUCAUUUGCAUGGAGCGUAAUCUACGGCCUACACUGGAAGAACGGCUCGUAUGCGCGCUAUAGACGAUGCGGAGACCCGGCAGCGAUCGGCUUCCAAACCAUCGCAGCAUACGAGCGAGGUUGAAUUGGCCCAGAGUAUAAACACAGAGCCACGCACGCAAAUAUUGCAGCCGUCACUUGGUAUACAGUAAUGUAGCCGACUCAGGGCAUUUCGAAAGGAGAAACUUCAACUUGGCGUGGUGAUAUCACACAGACACGCAGCGACAAGAAGGGUGCCAACGCCAACGACUUCUGGUUCAAAGUCCACCUCACGAGCGCUCUAGGAAGUCCACCAUCUUCACUAUAUAAUUGCAUGUUAAUAACUCAUUUCAACAAC